UCUUUGUAUCCAAAAGAUCCAAGUUGCGACAAAUGAGAGUUUGUUACAUUGUUAUGAUAAUAGAGUUUCCAUCAAUGAAUUAUAGUUUUUGAUAUAUACAAUAAAAGCUAUACAUGAUUGUUUGUUUAGAAACUCUAAAAAAGUUUCAUAGCAUGUAUUCAAAAUGAUCAUGAAGAAACAACUUGCGUGUAACAGCCAUCUUGACUUUCUUUUUCGGAGUUCAUUGACAAGCUUAUCAGUCAUUUAACGACAUUCGUAACGACAACAAAAUUGCGAGAUUAUUGACGUUUUGCCCAGUCUUACAGAAUUACGAUCAGAGCACAUUCAUAUUCAACUUUCACCAUACUCAAAAAAAAGUUCAAGAUGAAAGUUGUGCCCAGCGAAAAGAUUCAGCCUGCCUGGUGGAGAGAAACCUCUGUGUACCAGAUUUAUCCAGCAUCUUUCAAAGACGACAACGGAGAUGGCUUUGGUGACUUACAGGGUAUACUGUCAAAGUUAGAUUACUUGAAAGACUUGAAUGUUGAAUCAGUUUGGCUCUCGCCUAUUUAUCCAUCACCUCUCAAGGAUAUGGGUUACGAUGUGUCUGACUACAAAGAGAUUGACUCACGUUAUGGAUCUCUACAAGAUAUAGACGUCCUAUCAAAGGAAUUGCAUAAGCGUGGUAUGAAGCUUGUUAUGGAUUUGGUUCUUAACCAUACAUCGGAUCAACAUGCUUGGUUUAAGGAGUCUCGCUCCUCCAAAACGAACCCUAAACGAGAUUGGUACAUCUGGAGACCUGCCAAAUACGAUCAAGAUGGCAAGAGACUUCCUCCCAACAACUGGAGAAGCUACUUUGACACUUCUGCUUGGGAUUGGGAUGAGACUACCCAAGAAUACUAUUUGCAUCUUUGGGCCCCCGAGCAACCCGAUAUCAAUUGGGAAAGUCAAGAACUGCGUAAAGCAGUUCAUGAUAUUGUUCGCUACUGGCUAGAUCGUGGAGUCGAUGGUUUUCGCUUGGAUGUCAUCAAUAUGAUCAGUAAGGACCAAACAUUUCCAGAUGCUCCUGUGACGGAUGAUCGAUACGAAUACCAAAUGGGCUACCAGUACUAUGCUAAUGGUCCUCGAAUCCAUGAAUAUUUGAAAGAGAUUGGUCAAAUCCUCCAUGAAUACAACGCCUUUUCUGUUGGUGAAAUGCCUCACGUCGAAGAUACGGAGGAAGUUCUUCGUGUUGUUGGAGCUGAUCGUCGCGAACUUACCAUGAUUUUCCAGUUCGACUUGGUCAGUUUGGAUUUGGUUCGUGGAAAGCACAAAUAUGUUGAGGGCACAUGGAAGCUUUCGGACCUAAAGCAGUCUCUCAAGAAAUGGCAGUCUGUAUAUUUAACAGGAGGAGGUUGGAAUGCCAGCUUUAUCGAAAAUCAUGAUCAGCCUCGAACUGUUUCGCGUUACUUGUCGGAUUCUCCCGAACACAGAGCGCAUAGCUCCAAACUUAUGUCCCUCUUCAUUGUGUUUCAAGGCGGCACACCUUUUGUUUACCAAGGUCAAGAACUGGCACUUGCUAACAUUCCCCGGGAAUGGCCCGUCUCUGAAUACGUAGAUGUGGAAACACAAAAUUUUUGGAAGCUCUUUAUGAGCGGCAAUCCUACUCAAGAAGAAAUUGAGAAGACUAUGGACAUUGUUAACAAAAGAGCACGUGACAAUGGUCGUACGCCUAUGCACUGGGACAGUUCACCCAACGGUGGAUUUUGCGCAAAAGGCGUCAAGCCUUGGAUGAGAGUGACGGACGACUAUAAAGAAUGGAACGCUUCUACUCAAGUAGGCAAGCCUGAGAGUGUCUAUUCUUUUUGGUCAGCAGCUCUUGGUUAUCGAAAAGCCAUGAAGGAUGCUGUGGUCUACGGCUCCUUUGAAUUACUUUCCGAAGAAGACCCAUCCAUAGUAGCCUUUGUUCGUGAAUCUGAAAAAACCAAAUUGGCAGUCAUUUUAAACUUUACUGGAAACGCUGUCUCUUAUGAAUGUCCUUUGAAUAUGAAAGGAUUCCAAGUACUUUUGAACAACUAUGAGGAUCUAGAAAUCAAGGAAAAUACUAUUCAUAUGAAUCCUUAUCAAGGCGUUCUUUUCAAGAAAUCACUCUAAAUAAAUAGACGUCUACAAUGAUAUUUAAGAAGCUUCAAAAUUGAUGAAGGCUUUCGAGUUUUAACGAUGAUAAAGAUUUUGUUGCCUAUACCUUUCUUAUGAAAAUCGUUUUUGUUUUCGAUUUAUCUUUUUCGUGACUUUUCUUUACUUUUUCGUUUCUGUCUUUAAGGAUAUCACCAUACAUUGGAUAACCACCCAAGCAUAUUUUUUAUGCUUUUGCUUAAUUCGAAAACUCUCUUACAUUUUAAAUAAUGAAUAAAUGUCUUUUAGUAUG